CGAACACUGAUUAACAUUUCUAAUCAAUUUAAUCUCAGUGUCACCGGCUUCGGUCAAUCUAAUCACUUUUUUGGAGUAAAAAUUUGCAGAGUAAUCGUAAUUUUCGGUCAACAUGGAGGUGAUUAUCGUGCAUAAUGAAAGCAGCGUCAUUGAGCGUUUGUGGAAUUUGAUUAAAAAAUCGGCUAACGCAGCAAUUCAAGAGAAUUCCGUAUUUCGCAUUGGUUUAUCAGGUGGUUCAUUGAUUAAAUAUUUGGCCAAUGGUGCUGAGAAUGCUAAGACUGAUUGGUCAAAAUGGCAACUCUACUUUUGCGACGAACGAUUCGUUGAUGAGUCCGAUGAAGACUCAACAUUUGGUCAGUACAAAAAGCUAUUUCUCCCAAAGACUCAACUCACCGAAUCGCAAUUCGUGAUCAUCAAUCGCUCGUUGAGCUUGAAAGACUGCGCAAAAGACUAUGAACAGCAGAUUUUUGACAAGUUUGGCAUUGCAAAGCCAGAAAUUCCGCAAUUCGAUUUAUUGCUCUUGGGAAUGGGCCCGGAUGGCCAUACCUGCUCCCUGUUCCCAGGACACCCGUUACUUAAGGAAGAGGCAUUAUUGAUUGCACCAAUUUCAGACUCACCAAAACCACCACCUGCACGUGUUACGAUGACUUAUCCAUUGAUCAACCAAGCCAAAGUUUGCUUGUUCCCAAUCAGCGGCAAAGGCAAAGCUGAGAUGAUCAAGCGUAUUCUCAAGGAAAAAGAGCAAUUGCCAGCUGGAUUAGUGAAACCAUCACCUGGAGCACUUGUUUGGCUAUUGGAUCAAGACGCAGCUAGCCUUUAUGCUUAGAUCGAAAAAUGAGACUUUUUAAAAGACUUAUCAUUUGCUUAUAUCCAUCUACACUAUGAAAAAUGAAACAGUACCAUUCCAAUUGUUUACUUAAUUUUUUAUGGGAAAUUAAAAUUGUUUUUACAAAAAAA